UGAAGUGGCGCAGUGUCCCGCCUUGUCCCGCCAGUAUCCCGUCUUGUCCCGUGUGGAGGCGGCGAGAAGCCCAAGUUCGAGUAUCUGCAUUGCAGCCUGAGCGCUGCUGCCGGAAGUCAACACAACAAUGGCGACUCCCAGUCCUGAUAGCAACUCGUCCAGCUCCAGCAACAGCUUCAGCAUCGUAGGAUCCACGUCGCACCACCUCCACCAGCAGACACACAGCAGCAGUAUGCAAGAUAUCAACAGCUGCUGGAGGUGUCAAAAUGAACCAGGUAAACGUAAAGCGUUGAAAUUGAAUUUUGCCAACCCCCCCGUGAAGCCAGCGCCUCGGCUCCCGCUCAAUCCAACGGCGCCCUCCUUCCAGAACCCUCACAUAGAGCGACUGAGGACGCACAGCAUCGAGUCGUCGGGGAAGCUUAAGAUCUCGCCUGAGCAGCACUGCGACUUCACUGCGGAGGAUUUGAGGGACCUCGGUGAGAUCGGCCGUGGGGCGUACGGCUCGGUCAACAAGAUGGUCCACAAACCCACAGGCCAGAUCAUGGCAGUCAAGAGAAUUCGUUCCACUGUGGAUGAAAAGGAACAAAAGCAACUGCUGAUGGAUCUCGACGUGGUGAUGCGGAGUAGCGAUUGUCCGUACAUCGUUCAGUUCUACGGGGCUCUCUUCCGAGAGGGGGACUGUUGGAUCUGUAUGGAGCUUAUGUCUACCUCUUUAGACAAAUUUUAUAAAUAUGUAUAUUGUGCAUUAGAUGAUGUAAUUCCAGAGGAAAUAUUAGGCAAAAUAACUUUAGCGACGGUCAAAGCACUGAACCACUUAAAAGAAAACUUGAAAAUCAUCCACAGAGACAUCAAACCUUCCAACAUUCUUAUGGACCGAAAGGGUAACAUCAAGUUGUGUGAUUUUGGGAUCAGCGGCCAGCUUGUGGACUCCAUAGCCAAGACCAGAGAUGCCGGGUGCAGACCCUACAUGGCACCUGAAAGGAUAGACCCCAGUGCCUCUAGACAAGGUUAUGAUGUCCGAUCUGAUGUGUGGAGCCUGGGAAUCACCGUGUACGAGCUGGCCACCGGAAGGUUCCCGUACCCCAAGUGGAACAGCGUUUUCGAUCAGCUGACACAAGUGGUGAAAGGAGAACCUCCUCAGCUCAGCAACUCCGAGGAGAGGCAGUUCUCCCCCAAGUUCAUCAAUUUUGUUAACUUCUGCCUUACAAAGGAUGAAUCCAAAAGGCCAAAGUACAAAGAGCUGCUGAAACAUCCCUUCAUUCUCAUGUACGAGGAGCGCUUUGUGGAUGUCGCCAGUUACGUCUGCCGCAUCCUGGAUCAGAUCCCCGCCUCGCCCAUCUCGCCCAUGUACGUGGACUGAGGGAGUUUGGGGGGGUGCGGCGGGUGGGGACGCCCCGGCACCCCGUUUUUUCCUGCUUGCCGGUCGGAGAACAGCGAGGAACACGGAACCCUUCCACCACACAUCACCUGGUUGAACAUCACUUACUGAAUCCAAAGCAAAAUGAAAAGGUAGGGCAAUGGUGCUCGAGGAGAAAAACACCUUCUGGAUUGUGCGUUGUGGACUUUAUGUACGUGUGUAUUUGCGUGUUCACCGCUGAAUUGUUGACGUAUGCAGACCCACUAAAAACACACACACACACACACACACGGUCAUUUGUAUACAAAAUGUGUUUGUCAGGGGAAAGAAUAGUGUGGCUUUGUCCGUUACCCCCCCCCCCCUUCAAUAUAUAAUCUGUGACACAAUAUGAAAUACUCUCACUCAACGCUCACACCAGUUUGCACCUUUCCUGUAAUGUCAUCGUAUGUACGUCACCAGGAUAUUGCUAGCACUUUUCUCCUACUUAGACUCUUAAAAGUCUAAUUUUCAUUUUGGGGAUAAUGGCGACAUAUUUGUUUCUAGGGGAACUGCACUUUUUUGGGAAUUUUGCCCAUCAUUCCCAAUCCUUAUGUGUAAUAUAAUAUCAGAAAAUGAGUUAAUAUGAGCUAGCUAACAGUAACAGGAAGUACGGGCUUUACAAGAAUUUGUAAAAAAAUAUUUACUUCCCUACAUGUUAGCUAGCUAGCUCAUUCAUUCAUUUUCGCAGGGGUGCUGGAGCCUAUCCCAGCUGUCUUCAGGCGAGAGGCGGGGUACACACUGGACUGGUGGCCAGCCAAUCACAGGGCACAUAUAGACAAACAACCAUUCACACUCACAUUCAUACCUGUGGCCAAUUAACCUAGCAUGUUUUUGGAAUGUGGGAGGAAACCGGAGUACCCGGAGAAAACCCACGCAUGCACGGGGAGAACAUGCAAACUCCACACAGAGAUGACCGAGGGUGGAAUUGAACCCUGGUCUCAUAGCUGUGAGGUCUGUGCGCUAACCACUCGACCGCCGUGCAGUCCCUAGCUAGCUCAUAUUAACUGGCCAUCUGGAAUGCACAGAAAGGAGAAAGAAAAAAUGAGGAUUGGGAAUGAUGGGCAAAAUUCCCAAAAAAGUGCAGUUCCCCUUCUUCUUCUACUACUGCUGCUUUAUCGGGGCGGAUUUUAAGGCCCCCGCUUUUCAGUAUGCUGCCCUCGGUGGUGAGCCAAAGAAAAAGCUUUGGUGGGUUAGAUGUGGCCUGCAGAGGCAUUGAUUUUCAACUAGCGGGGCGUGGGCCAAAAUGCCCCGGCCUUGAUUUGUGUUCUUUGACACACAGCUGCAGAUGUCUGCUGGAGAAUGUGCAGUGUCUCAAUGCAAACGAUGACAAUACAGGAGGAUCACAGACCGGCCCACUGAGGAUGUACUGUAGAUGUUUUGUACAUAAGUGCAUCAAAACCUGCUGGUCUGGGCGGGUUCUUCGGGUUCUUGAGGCUUAUUGACGGCUUUAUGAGCAGCCUGUCCUAGCACUGUACAGUUUGACUUCUCAUCCACACUGAUCACACAUCCGCCAUGCUGCAUUAUAAAAGCAAAUAAGUGUCAUGAUGUAUAUUUGGAAAAUAUUAUCACGCUAAGGCCCACCAGAACAGAUGUUGCUACAAGCAUGUCCAGCUUGCACUGAUGAUCGAACGAUCAUGAAACCAAUACGCUAGAGUCCCCUAACUGUGGGGGGGCGCUGCGACGGAUGACCGUUGACAUGGAUUCUGUUAACCCAUAAGAACCCACACCAUUUUGUGUGUUUCACGCUUGUGUUGGGUUCUUAUGGGUCAUCGGAGGAAUUCUAUCACGACUGAUCUGCAUGUCUUCACUUGUACAGUAACGCAAACCUAGGGGGAAAAAAUACACGUUUGUUCUGAACCCAUGGAAUAUAUUUUCUACCUCGCAUCGGCAGGGGUACAACAUGUUGUAUAAAUUGCAAUCCACUAGAAUGUUCAUAUUAAAGACAUAAAUAAUGAGGGGCAAUUAAUUCAAUUGUAUGUCUAUCAAGGAUUACAAAUAAAAUUCCUUUGGA